AUGAUACAAACAGAAAGGAAAAACUGGGUUGAUAUCGAUGUAGAAGAUGAUGAAUCACAGAAUGAAAAUGAUAAUAAAAAAAAGUGGGAAGACAUAGAUGCAGAUGAUGAUUUAGAGAAUAAUAAGAAGCUUUCAUACUUUACCAAUUAUGAAAAUGGUGUUAAAGUCGUGACAAAGUAUUCUGAAAAUUUGAAAAAACAAACAGUUAAGGUAACCAAGAAAAUCAAAGAAGUAGUUAUAAAGAAGAAGCUAAAUAAGGAAAUUAACAAUCGACUUAAUUUAAAAAAUUUUAACAUUGACACUUGCAGUUCUGUCAUAGUCGAACCAACUGAUGUUGUAAAUAUAGAAGUGCCAAAAAACAAUUUACUGGAUUUUCUCAAGGGAACAGAAUAUGAUUACUUGUUCUCAGAACAAGCAGACAAGACAGCUAAAGAUUUGAAAAAUAGAUUCAAAAUAUUUAAGGAUGAAGAUGUGGAGGAAACAAAACCAGACGACCCAAACAAAUUGAAUGCAAAAAGAGAUAUGUUGUACUAUCGAUCACACGAUACCCAAAAUAAGGAGUGUACUGUUCGCGUGACGAAUUUAAGUGAAGAUGAAAGCGAGUUAUCCAACUUAUUUGGACGAGUUGGACAAAUAUCCAGAAUGUUCUUAGCCAAGCACAAGGAAACACAAAAUUCCAAAGGAUUUGCCUUUAUUACUUAUUCCAAUAGGGAAGAAGCAAAGAGAGCUAUCGAAAAACUGAAUAGACAUGGAUUUGAGAAUUUGUUAUUAAGUGUGGAAUGGGCUAAACCAUCCAACAGAUGA